CCCAAACGCGCAAAUCCGAAUUGGAUCUUUCCCUUUCUUUGUCUUUGGCGGCCACUUAUCAAGUCCCGUCUGUACGACUCUGCAUCUUCUCCGGUGACCAACCCGACUGAGAAUCCGGCGUUAGCUCGUGUUCUGGCAACUAAAACGGAAGAGUUUGAGAGAACGAAUGCUCUGGUCUGACAGGUUAAACUGAAUUUCAGAAGCGAAUGUACGUUUGGAUUUUAAAGUGUUGCCAGUUGCAUGUGGUCCUCUGAACUCAAAGAUGUCCGAAGAUCACAUGGUGGAUUUUGUUGGUGGUGUUCGGAAGGUAGAAGAUACAUGGGAGGAGCUGAGAACAGAAAUUGAAACUCAUGCUAUCAAAUGUGAAACAAUUUCGAAAGAUCACAAAGCAGAAUCUGAAGAGGGUCCUAGCGGAAAUGAUUCUAUUUCGAAGGAUGACAAUAUGGAACUUGAAGAUGGCGAAGAAAAUGCCAAGGAUGACAAUAUGUAUCUUGAAGACGGCGAAGAAAAUGCCCAGAAUCGUAAAAGGAAGUUAGGCAUAAUGAUUGAUAAUGGUCACUUUGCAAUACCAGCCAAGAUGUAUAAAAGAACCGUCAGAUCUUUAACUAAGCCUUCGUAUUUACUUGGAGUUGGUUCCACCAAUCUGCGGUGGGAGACUCGUGGUAGACUGCACCGUCUUUUGUGCAAGCUUGUGGGUCAGCACAAUUGGGAAGAGGCAAGUGGUGUACUGAGCAUGUUGUUGAAAGGAACGAGCAAGGAAAAAUGUCCUACUAUGAAUCGGUUUAAGUAUACGAUGUCAUUGGAGCUUCUUAAGCGUAUAGAAGGUGACGAUAUCAACCCAACAAGGAUCAAGCACAUAUAUGAUAUAUGGAUGAGAAAGAUUCGAUCUAAAAAGGAUCAGCCAAUACAGGAUAGAUUUCUUGUUCAUAUGGAGUUCAUCCUUUUUUGUCUUGCACAAGGAAAUGUUGAGGAAGCACAUCAUGCUGCUUUAAGUAUGGUGCAAGAGAAUGAAUUUAGGAGUUACCCAAUGUCAUACAUGAUGAUAGGCUUGACAUCCUGUCAGAUGUGGUAUUCCAGUAUGCCAGAAGAGAUGCGGUGCAAAGAUUCAGACCAGAUUGAUGCCUCCUUGCAAAACAUCUCAGAAGUGAUAUUCAGCGACCAAAUUGUUGGCACAGAGAAUCAUGAAGCACUUGGUAGUCAUGAAGCUGGUGCGUCCGUUCAAUAUGAUUCGGAUACAUCUGUCAGGAUUCAUAAAGAAAUACCCGAGAAGGCUGAGAGUUACCAACACGGAGAAGCUUCUGUGGAGGAUGAUGUUCAGCUGCAUAGAGAGAAUAGCCCACAAGUCUUCCAAACGCAGGACAUCGAUGUUAAUUCUGAUGAGGAAGGGGCCCUUUCUGAUAAUGAUGUUGGUCAUGUGCAUGAUGAUUCUGUCUUCUACGCCCUUGGUCGCUUGGAUUCAUGGCUGCUGCCCCUGAGAUUUCCUCAUUCUAAUGAGAUUACUGAAGACUUUAUCUAUAUGCAUUUAAGAAAUCUUAAUGACCAUUAUAAGAAUGCGGUGAAAUAUCUGCGGCUUGCUCUUCACUCCACACCUCCUGUAUUAGCUGCCUUACUUCCUCUGAUACAGUUAUUACUGAUUGGAGGUCAAGUUGAUAAGGCGCUAAAUGAACUUGAGGAGAUAUGUGGUAACUCAGAUAUAGCACUUCCUUUUAGAUUGAGGGUGAGUAUUUUGGAGUGCUUUGAUCGUAAGGACUAUGUUAUGCUUUCAACCUCUUUGGAAAACAUCUUGAAACGGGAUCCAACUUGUAGCCAUACAGUGGCAAAGCUUGUCUUGAUGCAUCGAAAAGGGGAUUAUGGUCUUGAAUCCCUGUUGGAAAUGAUAGCUUUACAUUUAGAUGCUACCUUUGCCGAAUGUAAUACAUGGAGAGAGUUUGCCAUUUGCUUUCUUAAACUCACUCAAUAUGAAGAGGACAGAAUGUCCGGAUGCCUUAACGAGGAUGGUAUGAAGCGGCAAAAUUAUUCUGCUUGUUACAAUCGGUUUCCCAAAGUAUUUCUCGAGCAUAAAGCUAGGAAGGCUUGGAGAUUCCGCUGCAGAUGGUGGUUGACCCGUCACUUCAGUAAGAGUAUCCUUAAAUCAGAGAUAGAAGCAGGUGAUUUGCAGCUUCUGGCAUACAAAGCAGCAUGUGCUACUCACAUGUAUGGACAAAAGCAUGACUAUGUUGUAAAGACUUACAGUCAUUUAGAAAACGAAAAGAACAUGGACUUGUUCCAGUUCUUGCAAAUGCACAUGGAGUGUUCUACAGGACUGUAUCCAAACCUUCAACGGGGAAGUAAAUGACAUUUGGCUUCUCUUUUUGUGCAACACAAGCUUUCUUUUCUUUUUCUUCGCCGAUUUCUAUGAACGAACGUUUCUCAUUGUUUGACGUUCUUUCUGUUCUGGUACUCUCCGGCUUUGGUCGAUUAUUGCCAUAGCAUGUCUUAAUGCCAGUGAAACUUGAGAC